UCUCUCUCUCUCUCUCACACACACACAUCUUUCACACCUCUCAGUCCUUCUCAAGAGGAAGUAUAGAUGGGUAGAGAGGAGAGGUGGGUGGGGGGAUGGACAGGCUACAAGUCACUAGAGUUUAGAUACAGUUAGUGAUCGACAUGUUGAGAUGGAACGCACCUGUCCUCUACUCUUGCUGUUGAGUACACUGGUAUACUGUAGCCUCGGACAAAGUGGAGCUGGUAUAUAUGAUGAAGACAGCUUUGGGUCGUCUGGGGUUCAGGUUGUUGGACCGGCUGACCAAGUCGUUGCCUUAGCUGGUGAUGACAUCAUUCUACCAUGUUCCCUGAAACCCAGUGUCAAUGCUGAGGACAUGGUAGUGGAGUGGACAAGAUCGAACCUGAGAAAAGAAAACGUCCAUCUUUACAGUGAUGGUCGAGACUCCAAUGUGGAGCAGGUUCCAUCCUACAGUGGAAGGACAUCAAUGUUUAAUGAAGAACUGAAGAAUGGCAACGUCUCCUUAAAGCUGACCAGAGUUACUCUCUCUGAUGCUGGAAGCUAUAUGUGCUUCAUUCCAACACUGACCAGCCAGGUGAAGGAAACCACCGUUCAACUCUUUGUUGGUGCUGUAUCUCAGCCAGUGAUAUCUAUUGAUGGAACCAAAGGCUGGGGGGUGGUCCUGAAGUGUGAGUCUGGAGGCUGGUUUCCUGAACCUGAGAUGGAGUGGCUGGACAGUUCUGGAACCAUCCUCCCUGCUGAUGGACCUCCAGAGAGACACAGGGACUCAGAGUGCCUCUACUCUGUGAGACGACAUGUCACCGUGGACCAGACUGACACCAACAGGUUCACCUGUAGAGUUCACCAGAAGGAGAUCAACCACCUGAAGGAGACAGAGAUUCAUGUCCCAAAUGACGUGUUUCCUAAAUCACACGUAGGGUUGAUUGUUGGUCUAAUAGCAGCAGAUGUUGCAUUUCUUGCAGCUUCAGCUAUUAGUUUCUACAUGUGGAUAAAAUAUACUGAAGAUGACGUGUUUCCUAAAUCACAAGUAGGGUUGAUUGUUGGUCUACUAAUAGCAGCAGCUGUUGGAGUUAUUGCAGCUUUAGUUGGUGUCUACAUGUUGAGCAAACAUAAUGAAGAUGACGUGUUUCCUAAAUUACAAUUAGGGUUGAUUGUUGGUCUACUACUAGCAGCUGUUGGACUUCUUGCAGCUUCAGCUGGUGUCUUUGGUGUCUACAUGUGGAGAAAACAUACUGAAGGUAUAUACUACUUUACUAUAUUACUAUACUAUACUGCUCAAAAAAAUAAAGGGAACACUUAAACAACACAAUGUAACUCCAAGUCAAUCACACUUCUGUGAAAUCAAACUGUCCAGUUAGGAAGCAACACUGAUUGACAAUAAAUUUCACAUGC